UCGCUUUGGAUUAUCACAAAACAAAAUAUCAUUGAAACAAGUUCGAGGGAAGUGGAAGUAUUUUAACUAGACGGUAACAUUGUGAGAUUGCUAGAGAAUGAAAGCUAUCCGAAACUGGUUGGCGGAAAAGCCAGUCGAUGGCACAGUCAUUUCAACAGGAGCUCAACUCAAAUCUGCACUUCGUGAUUGUGGCUAUGAACACUGCUCAGAGGUCGAGAGAGAAAUUCUUGAGGUAUUAGCAAGUUUCAAAGGUCUUUCAAUCAUUGUGGAUACUUACGUUUCCAAUAUUGGGGAUGAGAAACAGAUGAUAUGUCUUGAUGGAACUAUACCAGUUCAAUAUAAAGGCCAAUUUUAUAAUGUUCCGAUUCGAUUUUGGUUUUCGUUAGCCCAUCCAUCUUACCCACCACUCGUCCAAGUAAAACCAACUCCGAGUAUGUCAAUCAACGUUGGCACAAACAUUGACAGUGCUGGUGUGGUGAAAAGCCGGUACCUAGAAAAAUGGAAUAGGGAAACCUCAGACCUGGCUUGCCUUAUUCAAAUUCUUUGUGCAGAGUUUUCUGAAAGGAUCCCAGUUUACAGUAUCCCUGUCAGACGUGAUUCUGGAGAAGCAUUCUUCGAGUGUCGUUCUUCCCGAGAAACCGGUAGGCCUUCAGCGGUUACUGGUACCCAUUCCACUGAAAGUGAUAAAACUUCUGCAAGCACUGGCACUAGCUCAGAGCUGAUUUCUUCAAGAAAGAUGGAAACACCUUCAGCAGCGACUGGUGCACCUUCAACAGCGCCUGGUGCACCUUCAACAGCGCCUGGUGCAACUUCAAUAGCGACUGGAACACCUUCCAUGGCUUCAAUAGGCCGUGGCCUACCAUCAGAAGCGACUUUUAAAGAUUCAAACGAGGCAAGAUCAGCUUCAGUUGAGGCUAGUACAACAUCAUCCGAUAUCUACACCAAACGUCGCGAGGCUUUGAAAUUAAUUGCAAAUGAUCUGCUGCAGAAAACGCUUAUUCUUUCUGAUCAAACAGAGUCUCUCUUGAGAGUGCUUGAGACAUCUAGAGACGAGUUAGAUGAAGAAACUCUGAGCAUUCGUUGUCUAGAUCGACUUGAGAGUGAAAUAGAAACUGUCGAGGAAUGGGAAAAAAGUUUAGAAAAGAAGCUUGAGGAAAAUGCGGUCCUUACGGAAGCGUUCAGGAAGGAUGUCGAAAAAUUCAACACCCCUCGUGUCAAUAGAAAACCAUACCAAGAGUGGACGAAUGAUGACGUUUGCCGCUGGUUUCAUGAAAUCGGAAUGGGUGAAUAUGCACCGGCCUUGAGAGAACACAAAAUCAAAGGCAUACAUCUACCAAAUUUGAGCAAAGAUGAUUUGAUUGAGUUAGGCAUUACGAAGCUCGGGCCUAGAGUGACUGUUGACGAGCAGAUCAACAAACUUUGCAACGAUUUCUCCAACAUCAUGUGAACGAAUGCCUGCCAAAAUUUCCUUUUGUAAAAUUUACUUCUUAAAUUUCCUAGUGAUAAUCUUUGUGUAUAGAAUUGCAACUCAUCCACGCCGUUUUGAUAUUAGCUUAUAAUUUGAAUAUAAAAUUAGUUUAUUUUGAUUUAUGAAAAUCUAAAUUGCGAUGCUAAUGAAGAACCCUAAAUAUUAUUUCUAGUAAAGGUCGGUUUCCACUUAAGGCGCCCGGUUCGCGCGACUUUGGCAAAGGCGAAUUGGCGAACGCGACCAGUCGCUCAGUAGUUGAACUACUCGGCGAAUGGUCGCCCGGUACGAAUCAAGUGGAAACCGGCCUUAAGGAUCAUGAUUAAUGCUGUCAAAUCAUAUGCCAUUUUGAUUCUUGAUCGUGAGCUUUAGAUCGUUGUGUAGUUUAAUUUUAGGUGAUGGUGGCGAGAAUCGAACUAUCUAAGAUUAAAAGCACUGGGUUUUGUUAUAGUUGACGUUUAAAAAUAAUUCGAAUGAAGUUUGUGACGUGUUAUACAAAGAAGUCAAUCAGACAUGAUUUCUUUAAUUCCUUGUAGAGUAUGUUUUAUUUUAAACAUAUCAGUAAAUACCUGAUACAGCAGAGAACCCUUAUUUUGUACAAAAGACAAGUAAUUUUCAGACGAGACAUCAAGCAUCAAUUUCUGAAAGCCUGCUUUGUCUUUGAUACAAUCUAAGAUUGUCAAAAAAGUCGCGCGUGCAAGAUCUACAUCCCACGUGCAAGAUCUACGUCUCACAAACAGUCCUCUGAGUUCGUAAACACAAAGAUUACGAAAAGACCAUAAAAAUUCGCAAAUACGGUUUCUUACGUUAUUACGCGAGAUUACGGGUGCGACUUAAUUAAAAUUAGGGGAGAUUAAUUAAGGAAUUUUUGGCGGUACAGGACUUGAAAAUGGCUUUCAAAAAACAAACAUUUUACACCAUAUUGGCUAAAAGCUUUUUCGUCUGACACUCCUCCGAGCAUUAAACGUCAGAAAAAGGGUACGAAAGAACACGAUGAAAAAUGUAUACCCAGUUGUGGAUUGAAAUAGGUCAAUCAGAAAAACGCAAGCACAAGACCGGUAUAGUUGACCAAACAGUGCCGCGUGUCUAAGGAAAAAUUACCAAUUGAGUCCAAGAGAGAAAACGAACUCCUUCUGUCUACUCAAUGGCGGCUUUUUCGUUUAUAUGUAGAUCGAUUCCAAAACUGCUAGAGGGAAAGACCACCGGGCUUUGCCAAUUAUCCAAAACAUGUCGUCAUUAUAGAGUUUAGCACAAUCUGGGUUAUCUAAAAGAUGUUGACCGAUGGCAGAAUCGUGUUUGUGGACCUACAAGAUCGAGGAGGCAGUUUUGCUUCUUAUGUUGGAAGGAACAUGUUGUUUUAUCCUAUCCCCCAAUCUUCGAGCUGUGCAUCCUACGUAGCCAGAGUGGUACAUCACUUCAUAAACAACGGAACUUUUUGGCAGGUAGGAACGUAAUCCUUUUGUAGAAUGUUUGCUUUUUUCAAAGCCAUUUUCAAGAUAUUUUUCAAAAAAUAUAUUACAUAACCUUUGCCUCAAAUUAUCAGGCACGUGCUGCGCAAGUCAACAACGUAAGACAAAAAAAAUAAAUCGUAAAUUUUGGAUUGCCAAAUUUAAGGCACGAGUAAAGAAAGGGAUGCAAAAUUUAAGGUGUGUUUUUAAAAGAGAUUUGUGAAAUGGCAUUCCUUAAUUGAGUCAAACCCAUAAUUUCGCGUAAUAAGGCAUGUCUUCAGAAAUUAAAUUUAGAUAGACAAUCCGCUGAUGAUAUAUUUGUUUUUGGGAAUUUUAUUCGCAAAUCCAGUAUCAAAAUCCUAAAGAUCUCCCAACUCUGUCCUAAUUGUGAGAGUUCCAUGUUUCAACGGUCAUUAAGACAUGGGACUCUCACAAUCGUUGGGAGAU